UAGUUAACAUAACAGCGACACAAUCUUCAAAAUGUCGGGAAAGAUAAAAUGCAUAUUUUUUAGCGAAUUUCAUCCUUCUGCUGGACCCAAAAUAGCGUUUCAGGUUCCGGAGGACUAUCUGACAAAGGAGCAUUUUGAUGAACUCAGUAAAUUCAUCAUUACUAAACCGCAGUUGAUGACAAGAUUAAUCACUGUUACUGCAUUAGGUGAGAAGAUUGUUGGCUGCCCUGUAUGUAUAGAAGACAAGAAAUAUAACAGAAAUGAAUUGAUAUUUAACUGCUGCUUUGUGUUUGAUACAGACACACGGACGGCCAGAUACGAACCGGUUGUAAAAAAACUAGCAUCGUAUUUUACACAGCUUGAGCUAGAAAGCAGUUUUCUGUCAACAGAGGUCAAGAAAGAGACUAUUCCACGUUACUUACAGGAAAUUCGUGAUAAACUUAACUUUACAGGCAGCUGUGGAUUGUUUAUAAAUGAGUUUUGUACAAUAAAUCUGAAGUUAUCACCUACCAUUGAGGAUCCGAAACCUGUACAAGACCAUGAUGUACCUGUGUUUAUACACGACAAACCAAGAAUGACAUAUACAAAAUGGGAUCUUACUACUCAACAGGUAUUACAGUAUAUAGAUGGUUAUAAUCAUGUAGCAAAGAUAGCGGCCGAGGCUGACAUAGAAAUUAACCUUGUCAAAGCAUGUCUACAAAAUCUACUGCAUAUUGAUGUUAUUACCAUAGUCUCCAUAUUUCAGUAUUCAAACAUGUAUACAACAACAAACACAAUAAAGAAUUUAGCAGAUGAUCCCCAGUUACAGGAAGACUGCUUGAAAUAUGUUGCUUCUAAAGCUCGUGUUAAGCCAAACUUUCGAGAUGUAUUCCUGUUAUACACCAGCCUUGCUCCAGGACUUACUGUGAAAGAUCUGUGUUUGAGAUUUAAUAUACAUUCCCUCAAAAUUGAUGAGAAGAAACUUAUACAGUUUGGACUAAAGAACAAGAUAAUCCGACGUUUACACGGAUAUCCGGUUAAACUACCUAGCGAUGUAAGAUUGUCCCCAAAAGUUCAAUCUUUAUCCAAGUGGCUUAAUGGUACACACAGUCUUGAUGAAAUCAGCUGUAAAUCAGGUUUAAAUUAUAAAGAAUUGGAUGAGAUCAUAGAAAAUGAUCCAAGUGUAAUUGUAUGCUGGAAGUGAUGGACCAACCUCUAGUGUGAAAUUCAGGGUUUUGUCGCCCUUAACAUGGACAGAAAAUUGUAACCCCAUAGAAGUAAAAGAUACUGAAAAAGUGUGACCCUCAGCAAGGAAAAGAUUCAAGGAAAUCAACAGCAGCAACUAGAAGAUGAAGGAAACAAAGACUCCUAUAAACAAGCAAUGACAUGGUGCAAGAUAAGAUGUUAUAUUUAGAAAUUAUAAGAUUUUGAUAUACAUAUUACCCCUAGAAAUAUCUGAGCUUAGGCCACAUCAGAAUGUAAUAUUAAUUGCCAUACCCCACAUAGGGGUGGGGGUAUAUAGAUUUUACCCUUGUCUGUCUGUCAAGCUUUCAGGCUGUUUGUCUGAACAGAGUCAAAAUAGUGCAGGGUUUCUGUUGGCUUAUUUUUAUGACCAAUAUUUGGUCAUGAUCCAUGUCCAAGAUUGUAUGUUUUUUUUCCAAUUUCAGGGAUAAAAUUCUCUAUUAAAAGGGAAAAACAACAAAAACUAAAAAGGUUAUCAUUUUAUGACAUCUUAACUGCAAUGCCAUAGUAAAUUUUGUUUUUCGCUUUUCAAAUUUUAAAAUGUGCUUAUAAGGGAAAUUUAAAAGGAAUUGAAUGAACCAAAUAUUUUAUUUUAUUGUUCUAUUUGAUAUGUAAUACAGUGCCGGUUUUCCUAAAUUUUGUCUAAAAUGAUGCAAAAUUCCCAAUUCUGGGGUUCUGGUCAUGUUCCCAAAAUGAUGAGUGAAACCCUGCAUUUGAAUGUUGGGGAAAUCUGUGUCCCAUGAACACAUUUCUAGCUUUAU